UUGUGCAGCUCAUCAUCCAAAACAUUGACGAAGAGCAAAUUAUGAUCGGCAAUACCUCGGAUUUGUCAUUUUCAAAUUUACUCUCUCUGAACAACUUCACAUGCCUCGGUUUUGUUCUCGACAGCUAUACCGACACUUUAUAUAUUGCCGCUAAGCCCGCUGUUGAUCAUCCUAGGGACUUUGAGAUUUGGAUGACUACCAUAAACAACGACUCGAAAAUAUAUGUAACUAAAGCAAGGUUUUUUUCAGACAUGGACAUUUACUUUGCCAAUCGUUCACUCUACUGGAACUCGGGUACAAACCUCCGAAAAUUAAAGUUGCCAUCAGUACAUCAGAACAAUCAAAACGGGAUUUCUCCCGAUGAGAUCGUCACCUAUGUCCUUCCCAAAUUAACCAAGGAGUUUGUGAUAGAUCAGAGAAGAGGAUACAUCUAUUUUUCAACUCGGGAGAUAAUAUACCGUGUAGAUAUGGAGGUUACAGGAUAUAGAUUGAUCACAGAUGGGCUAGUAGAUGCUCCGACCGGAAUGUGUAUGGAUGAAGAUGAUGAACUACUCUUCUUCACGCACAUCUACCAAGAACGGGAAUCCAUCUUCUAUUACGAUCUUAGACGGGGUACCGGUGUUCAUGUCCUGGUAAAGCUCGAUGGUAGGAACCCACGGAACCUAAUCUUCAUAUCAGGAUGGUUUAUAUGGCUGGAAAGGGAAACACUUCAGGCCUGUCAGAUGUCGAUUGGUCAAGAAUUGUCUGUAAAAAUGGGACUAUGUAGGUCCCCUUGGGCUGUCCAUGAUCGGUUUAACGUCCACAACAGUCAGCAACUCAGUAUGCAGCUGCGGAGCGUCAAUUAAACAGACGGAUCCCGUCUGAAGUCAUGCUUGAUGCCGUAAGGAGAAAAUGUAAGGCAUAAAACCUCCAAUGGAUUUUUUGGGACAAGGGCAUAGGGGGCGGAUCCAGGAUAUCGUAAGAAGGGGAGGGGGGCGGUGGUCAAACUUAAAACCAUAUCAGAGUAGAUUUUCGUAGCGUAUAUAGGCUCAAUCUAUAUAGAUUCGAGGCCUGUCUGACUAUAAAGCAUCAAGAAAGUUGGACUGAUACGUAAGUAUACAAUUCGGAUCCAGCUUUUCCUAAUGGGGGAGCAAGGGGGACUUUCUUUAAUAGCAACGUGUGUACACCACAAAGAUU